GCCCCGUGGUAGUUGCACCCGUUCAGUCCGGAAGCCCGUCAGGCUUCGCGACCCGACAUGGAGCGUCCCCGCAGUCCCCGCCGCUCGGCCCCGGCCCCGGCCCCGGCCUCUGCUUCGGUUACUCUGUCGCAGCUCCUGCAUCUGGUUCAGCAGGGCCAGGAGAUCCCGGGCCUAGAGAGACGCCACAUCGCGGCGAUCCACGGCGAACCCACGGCGUCCCGACUCCCGCGGAGGCCCAAGCCCUGGGAGGCCGCGGCUUUGGCUGAGUCCCCUCCUCCGACCCUCAAGAUAGGAACGGCCCGGGCCCCGGCGGAGCCUGGCUUGGCUGAGGCAACGACUGCACCUUCUUCAUGGCAUACAGUGGGGUCCUGAGGUUCGAGGUUCUUUCCAGCGGAGAUCUGGAGGGCGUGGCUCCAGUACCCUGAAUGCCAGUCAGUUACUCAUCUUUUGUUUCCUCUCUGACCUGCCUCAGCUGGACUUGUUCCUGCAACCACCGUCGAGGUUUCGUAUUUGCAUUUCUGGGACAUGAUACGCAGUUCAGAAAAAUUCUGUUUCAGCCCUUAUAUGUAAUAAAAGGUUUGAUGAUGUAA